AUGGCGGACCAAGUUUUUAGGAUUAAUGUCAGAAAUGAAGACGAGAUCAGAAUACUGACUCAGCUAGUGAAUUCUGACCACCUUAAGCUCAAUGUCUGGAAAUCUCCCUCCACUUUUGGUCGGCCCAUGGACAUCCUCGUCCCCUCUGUCAGCCUGCUGCCUGUCAAGUCCUUCCUGAAGUCCCAGGGCUUAGACUACUUGGUGACAAUUGAAGACCUCCAGGCCCUUUUAGAUAAUGAAGACAAGGAAAUGCAACACAGUGAAGGGCAGGAGCGGAGUGGCGACAGCUUCAACUACGGAUCUUACCAUUCCUUGGAAGCUAUUUACCACGAGAUGGACAGUAUCGCCACAGACUUCCCCGACCUGGCAAGCAGAGUGAAGAUCGGAGAGACAUUUGAAAAGCGACCCAUGUAUGUUCUGAAGUUCAGCACGGGAGGAGGCAAGAAGAGGCCUGCCAUUUGGCUGAAUGCGGGCAUCCAUUCCCGUGAGUGGAUCUCACAGGCCACUGCCAUCUGGACUGCGAGGAAGAUUGUGACUGAUUACCAAAAGGAUCCAGCUGUCACCUCCAUCUUGGAGAAAGUGGAUAUUUUUGUGCUGCCCGUGGCCAAUCCUGAUGGAUAUGUGUACACACAAACCCAUAACCGAUUAUGGAGGAAGACACGGUCCCGGAACCCAGGAAGCCGUUGUAUUGGAGCUGACCCAAACAGAAACUGGAAUGCCAGUUUCGCAGGAGAAGGGGCCAGCCAUAACCCCUGCUCUGAAGUGUACCAUGGCUCCCACCCUAAUUCUGAAGUGGAGGUGAAAUCAGUGGUGGAUUUUAUUCAAAAGCACGGGGAUUUCAAAUGCUUCAUUGACCUACAUAGCUACUCACAGCUGCUGAUGUAUCCCUAUGGGUACACAGUCAAGAAGGCCCCAGAUGCUGAAGAGCUGGAUGAUGUGGCGAGGAAUGCAGCCGAAGCUCUGGCUUCCCACUCAGGCACGAAGUACCAAGUAGGACCGACUUGCACCACUGUCUACCCAGCCAGUGGGAGCAGCAUCGACUGGGCGUAUGACAACGGCAUCAAGUAUGCCUUCACAUUUGAGCUGAGAGACACCGGGCACUAUGGCUUCCUCUUGCCGGCCAGCCAGAUCAUCCCCACCGCAGAGGAGACAUGGCUAGGACUGAAGACGAUCAUGGAGCACGUGCGGGACAACCUCUACUAGUCAAGGAGCACGCGUAUUUCAGCCAUAAGCCACCACAGAGGCCGCUGUUAAAGAAGAUCACUUUUCCUGCGUGGAUCAGAGCCUUCCUGGCUCAGCUGGCUCUCCGUCAGCAGUCAGCACUGCUCCCUAGAGAGCGACCUCUUGGUGGGCCCGCGAGGAGCUCUUCUAUGAGUGUAGUGCUUGGUCCUGCUAUGUUGCUCAGCCCCUGGUAUGCCUCUCUACCCAUGCAUGGUUGGGCAGGCCCCAGUCACAUAAAUAUGGCUGCCUCACUUUCGGAACACUUCUAGUGGCUCUCUGGUCUCUACGUCUAGCCAGGCCAGGGAUCUGGCUCCAGCGGGGAACUAUGGGAACUGCUGGGGGAGACAGUGCUUAUCUUUAGAACUCCUUGCAUUUUCCCUCUUUCUGACUUGUUUUUCUUUCUUUUUUCUUUUAGACAGGGUCUUAUUAUGUUGCCCAUGCUAGCUUGAAACUCCUGGGUCAAACAGUGUUUCUACCUCAGUCUCCCCAGGAGUGGGGCCCAGCUCAGAAACACACUUUUCUUUGAGGAACAAAUCCUAUUGAACCAUCAACAUUGGUCUUUCUGGCCUGCUUAUUCUUCCUACUCCUAUUACUGUUGUUGUUGUUGUUAUUGAUAGGGUCUCUCUAUGUAGCCAUGGCUAUCCCGGAACUUGCUAUAUAGACCAAGUUGGCCUCGAACUUACAGAGAGGCCCCUGGCUCUGCCUCUGAAGUACAUUAAAGAGAUUAAAGAUGGGCAUCACCACACCUGGCUACUCUUAAUUUUUUUUUGUUGUUGUUGUUGUUGGCUUGAGCAUACAGCCAGGCUUCUUGUCCAUCCCAAGGCUCGGUGUUCAGAUGAUGCCUGUUAUUGUUACCCUCUUCUCUUUAUGUUUGGCGUUACUGAGACUCUCAGAAAGGUCAGUUUUACUAUAGGUGAUGCUCACAUGGGUCACGGAGGAAACGGGGAGUAGACUGCAGGAUCACUCCGUGAGCACCAUCUGUCCCAUUGGCCUCCUCUCCGCUCUGCCUUUUGAACUCACUUCAGAGAUCUUGCCCUCACCCCACAGGCCCUAAAUCAUCCCUAUAGCCUGGACAAUCUCAGGCCCUCAACACAUUCCAGCUUGAGCCCUGGUGUCUCCUGUGUUUCCGCCUCCUGGCUUCUUUCCUCUUGUGUUCAAAGUCACCUUCUACUUGCAUCCUGGACCCUGAGUACCAACUGGGAACAAGACUUCAUCAGCAGCCAGACACCUCCUGAUCUCUCCUUAGCACUUACCAUCUGCCCUGA